AAAUUAUUUCCUCCUCUCAUUUGUCCGCCCACUGCGCACGUUAGCAAUUGGCCCUUCCUCCUUCCUACUCUGAAGACUGAACCGAGAGCCCUAGCAUUCAGAAAUCAAUUCGACCAAAUCUCGAUUCAACUUGGGAAAGAAAAGAGGGAGGGAAGCGUAUCGGUUGGAAUUGGAGAUGGCGAGCGCCGUGGAUGCUGCGGUGGUGGACCCGAUCCCGACGUCGGCGGUGCUGAUGGCGUCGGCGAAGCACAUCGCGACGAAAUGCAGGGGCGAAAACGUCGCCUUUCUCAAGUGCAAGAAGGACGAUCCGAAUCCCGAGAAAUGCCUCCAUAAAGGGCAUCAAGUCACUAGCUGCGUUUUUAGCCUGUUGAAAGAACUUCAUCGGACGUGCACAAAGGAGAUGGAUGCUUAUGCGGGUUGUAUGUACUACCACACUAACGAGUUUGAAUUAUGCCGCAAAGAGGAAAAAGAGUUCAAGAAAGCGUGUCCUUUGGAGUAAGUGGCAGACGAAAGCCACAAACCAAUGCUCUUAAUUAUUCAGGCCAAUCAGUAAUAAGCGAAAUUUACUUUUUCUGCACGCACUUGUAGUGGAAGUGUGUAUCUGGGUUUGUGUUUUGCUGAUCGGUGUUUUGUUGGUGUUUAGCUUUUAAUUGCAACAAUAAAAUCCUCCACCCCCAA